AUGCACUGCGAGUUGGCUGAGGCGCACUCCGACAAGAGGCCGAAGGAUGUCCCCGGCGUGCCGGGUCCUAGUCGGGGGCCCACUGGCCUCGGCGCUCGUAUGGCUUUCAGGGUCACCGUGAGCGGCGGCGGCUGCGGCGAUGCGGGCUCGCGGGACCUGCUUCCUCGGACGCUCGCGCCGCCGCCGCGCGCCCAUGAUCUCCUGAGGCCCCGGAGCCCAAGAGACUAUGGCCCAUCCAAGGCCGCUACCACCGCCGCCACCACCGUUGGGAAAGUGAAUGGGAGCUACGGCCACUGCAACCCAGGCUCAGAGAAGAAGAGCCUGCUGGACAUGGAUCUUGUUGAGGGUCCCAGCCCCACCUGCCGCCAGGGCCUGUUUCUCCCUGCAGGAACCCCACCACCCCGUGGCCACCCCCCAGCCUGUGAGAGGCUGCUGCAUUUCCCCCACCCUGACAACAGGUCUCCUAGACCCCACGUCACAUAUGUGAACGGAGGCCUCACAACCACACAGCACAUCAAGCAGGAGGCCCUGACCGACUACCAGGCCAUGGUGGAAGCUCCCACAUCCCUGUCUACUCACUGCCGGGCCCCGUCAGCCACUGGCCUGCACACGGACCUGGACCUCCCGGGCCGAAGCCUCACCAACCCUGUACCUUCCUGCUACCUUCUGGGCAGUGAGCCCAGCUCUGGCCUAGGCCCCUCACCUGACACCCAUCUCCCCGAGAGCAGUCUGAAGCGCUGCUGCCUCUUGGGCCUGCCUGCCAUCUCCUCAGCCUCCUCUUCACCCUGUGCCUCCUCUGAGGGCCUCCACAUCACCUCCAUCAUCCGCUCCUCCCAGACCGCGCUUGUCACCUGUGUGAAUGGACUCCGGAGCCCUCCUCUACCAGGUGACCUGGGGAGCCCCCCCAAGCGGGCCCGGUCUGGCCCUGUAGCCCCUGAAAGCCAUGAGGGCAGCUUGCAACUUGAAGCUUGCCGGAAGGGGGGCUUCCUGAAGCAGGAGCCUGUGGACGAGUUCUCAGAGCUCUUCGGGCCUCACCAGCAGGGCCUGCCGCCCCCCUAUCCCCUUUCUCAAUUACCAGCUGGCCCAAGCCGUGGAGGCCUGGGGCUGGGCCUGGUGGGCAGGGUGGUGGCUGGGCGGCAAGCAUGUCGCUGGGUGGACUGCUGUGCAGCCUACGAGCAGCAGGAGGAGCUGGUGCGGCACAUCGAGAAGAGCCACAUUGACCAGCGCAAGGGCGAGGACUUCACCUGCUUCUGGGCUGGCUGUGUGCGGCGCUACAAACCCUUCAAUGCCCGCUACAAGCUGCUCAUCCACAUGAGGGUACACUCUGGCGAGAAGCCCAACAAAUGCAUGUUUGAGGGCUGCAGCAAGGCCUUCUCGCGGCUGGAGAACCUCAAGAUCCACCUGAGGAGCCACACGGGCGAGAAACCAUAUCUGUGCCAGCACCCAGGUUGUCAGAAGGCCUUCAGCAACUCCAGUGACCGCGCCAAGCACCAACGCACCCACCUUGACACGAAACCAUAUGCCUGUCAGAUCCCUGGUUGCUCCAAGCGCUAUACGGACCCCAGCUCUCUCCGCAAGCAUGUGAAGGCCCAUUCAGCCAAAGAGCAGCAGGUGCGUAAAAAGUUGCACACAGGCUCCGACCCUGAGGCCGACGUCCUGACCGAGUGCCUGGGCCUACAGCAGCUCCACGCAUCCACACAGCUGGCUGCCAGUGAUGGGAAGGGUGGCCGCACCGUUGGCCAGGAGCUUCUCCCAGGCAUGUAUCCUGGCUCCAUCACCCCCCAUAACGGACUGGCAUCGGGGAUCCUGCCCCCCACGCAUGAUGUUCCUUCCAGGCACCACCCCCUGGAUGCCACUGCCAGUUCCCAUCACCACCUGUCCCCUCUGCCCACAGCUGAGAGCACCAGGGACGGGUUAGGGUCCAGCCUCCUCUCACCCCUAGUCAGCCCACUAAAGGGGCUUGGGCCACUGCCACUGCCACCGUCCUCCCAGAGCCACUCUCCGGGGAGCCAACCCUUCUCCACGCUCCCCAGCAAGCCUCCCUACCCAUCUUUCCAGAACCCCCCUCCUGCGCCUCUGCCCAGCACACAAGGGUACCAGGGCAGUUUCCACUCCAUCCAGAGUUCUUUCCCCUAUACUGACUGCUAUCGCAUGGCUGAGCCAGCAGCCAGUGGGGACGGACUGGCCGGGGAGGCCCACAGUUUCAACCCCCUGCGGUCCAAUGGCUACUCCAGCCUCAGUGCACCUUUACCUGCCACAGGCUACGAGGCCCUGGCCGAGGCGCCGUGCCCCACAGCACUGCCACCACAGCCAUCUGAAAACAUGGUGUCCAGUGGCCCUGAGGACUGUGGCUUCUUCCCCAAUGGGGCCUUUGACCACUGCCUGAGUCACAUCCCUUCCAUCUACACGGACACCUGAAGGAAGGCCCCACAGCACCUGCCCAUCC